GAAGUCCAAAAGCAUUCUGUGCACACGCUUGUGUUCAGAUCUUUGAAAAGAACCCAUGAUAUGUUUGUAGCUGAUAAUGCCAAGCCUAUCCCAUUAGAUGAAGAAAGUCACAAAGUAAAGAUGGCAGUCAAGCUGCGUACAGAGUAUGGCUCAGUGUUGCACAUGCCUACUCUUAAAGAAAACUUGAGAGAGAAAGGAGGUCCAAACACCGGGGAUCCUUAUGGACACAAACAGUAUUCUGGAAAUCAAGGACAAGAACUUGAGUAUUUGAUAACUGGUACACAUCCAUAUCCACCUGGUCCCGGUGUGGCUCUGACAGCAGAUACUAAGGUUCAGAGGAUGCCUAGUGAAUCUGCGGCACAGUCCUUAGCCGUAGCACUUCCUGCUUCUCAGUCCAGGUUGGAUGCAAAUCGGACAGCUGCUGGCGUGGGUGAUAUUUACAGGCAUGCUGGAAUAUCUGAGCGUUCGCAGCCUCCUGGGAUGUCCGUGGCUAUGGUGGAAGCUGGUGGAAACAAAAAUUCUGCGCUAAUGGCAAAGAAGGCUCCAACCAUGCCCAAACCUCAGUGGCAUCCACCUUGGAAACUGUACAGAGUCAUCAGUGGUCACCUAGGGUGGGUGAGAUGUAUUGCAGUAGAACCAGGAAAUCAGUGGUUUGUUACUGGCUCUGCUGACAGAACUAUAAAGAUCUGGGACCUUGCUAGUGGCAAACUGAAAUUGUCUCUGACGGGACACAUCAGUACUGUACGAGGGGUGAUAGUAAGUGCAAGAAGUCCAUACCUCUUUUCUUGUGGAGAAGACAAACAAGUGAAAUGCUGGGAUCUUGAAUACAAUAAGGUUAUCAGACAUUACCAUGGUCAUCUAAGUGCUGUCUAUGGCUUAGACUUGCAUCCAACAAUAGAUGUACUGGUAACAUGUAGCAGAGAUUCAACAGCACGAAUUUGGGAUGUGAGGACGAAAGCCAGUGUGCACACACUAUCAGGACACACAAAUGCAGUAGCAACAGUGAAGUGCCAAGCUGCAGAACCGCAAAUUAUUACAGGCAGUCAUGAUACUACCAUACGCCUCUGGGAUUUAGUGGCAGGAAAAACUCGUGUUACUCUAACUAAUCACAAGAAAUCUGUAAGAGCAGUGGUGCUACAUCCAAGACAUUACACAUUUGCAUCUGGUUCUCCAGAUAAUAUUAAACAGUGGAAAUUCCCAGAUGGAAACUUCAUUCAGAACCUCUCUGGUCACAAUGCUAUUAUCAAUACACUGGCUGUAAAUUCUGAUGGCGUUCUGGUCUCUGGAGCUGAUAAUGGUACUAUGCAUCUUUGGGACUGGAGAACUGGAUACAAUUUCCAGAGAGUACAUGCAGCUGUACAGCCAGGCUCUUUGGACAGUGAAUCAGGAAUAUUUGCUUGUGUUUUUGACCAGUCGGAAAGCAGAUUGCUAACUGCUGAAGCUGAUAAAACCAUAAAAGUAUACAAAGAAGAUGAUACUGCGACUGAAGAAACUCAUCCUGUCAGCUGGAAACCGGAAAUUAUCAAGAGAAAGCGAUUUUAGUGCGGCAACAUACUUAUGCUGUGAUUUUUGUUUUGGCUUUCCUGAGAGCAUUCAGUCACAUUUUGUUCUGCCUAGAACAGCAGAGCAGGAAGUCAGCUAAGUCAUUGCGAUUUCAACAUAUUUUAUAAUAAAUUUUAUUUCUCUUUCCUUUUGUCUUUUUUCUUGUGUGAUCCCAGCAAACCAGUUGCAGCUGUUAACUUUCUCUUUGUGGAGCACGUAUAGUUCAUGAAAAGGAUAGAUGUGCAGGUGGUUACUUUUUUUUAUAUGAAUCUAUUGAGUGUAAGUCUAAAAAUAUUUUGAUGAGCUAGGUUUUCUGAAAGACCCUUGCUUGUCUUUGAAAGUUAAUUGCAAAUUUAUGCAUAGAAGCGAUCUACUGGAAAUUUCUUGAGUGACACUUAGAUUUUUAGACCAGUAUUGUUUACUGUACAUAUGCUAAGUAUAUACUGUAAUGGAACAGGAUAUAUACUAAAUUACAGAGUAUAGAGUAAUCAAGAAAGAAGCAGGA